GGUAGACUGGAAGAUGGAAAGAUUGUAGCAGUUAAGAAACUGAAUCACCGGUUCGCAACAGAAGCUGAUAAAUGCUUUGACAGAGAAGUCAGGACUCUGAGCCAACUGAGACACAGGAACCUGGUUAAGGUGCUCGGUUAUGCUUGGGAAAGCAAGAAGCUAAAGGCUUUAGUUUUAGAAUACAUGGAGAAAGGGAACUUGGACAAUAUUAUUUAUGAUCAAAUGGUGGAUGACUGGACAUUGUCCAAUAGGAUUGACAUUUUAGUUUCGGUUGCUAGUGGUUUGUCAUACCUGCAUUCAGGCUAUGAUUUUCCAAUAGUGCACUGUGACUUGAAGCCUUCAAAUAUUCUUCUGGAUGAAAAUAUGGAAGCACAUGUCAGUGACUUUGGGACAGCUAGGAUGUUGGGUAUUCAUCUCCAGGAUGGGAGCAGCAUAUCAUCAGCAUCCGUAUUUGAAGGAACUAUUGGUUACUUGGCGCCAGAGUUUGCAUAUAUGAGGAAAGUGACCACAAAAGUAGAUGUAUUCAGCUUUGGUGUAAUAGUGAUGGAGAUCAUUACAAAAAGAAGGCCAACAGGUCUUACAGGAGCUGAUGAAUUACCAAUGACUUUGCAUCAAAUUGUUCAGAACGCCGCUGCAAAUGGCAUAAAUGAACUCAUCCAGAUUGUGGAUCCUAAUCUAGCUUCAUAUGUCUCCAAGAAACAGGAUGUAGUAGAGGGACUUCUUAAAUUGGCUUUGUCCUGCACCUCUCCUGAUCCUGAAGACAGACCUGACAUGGAACAGGUUCUGUCUUCUCUUUCAAAGUUAAGAAAGAUGGAAUGCAUGAAUUCACAUGCUUGUUUGGUAAAAGAUGCAAUUUGAUGUAGAUGAAGCUGGAGUUCAACAAUGUUAAUGUGAACCACCACCAAGUUUCCCUUAGCGGCCAAUGGAACUAGUCCAUAACUUAAAAAGUCUUUACCAUUAUAACAAAGUUUACGUCUUUCUAGCCAUAAAUGUUUCCCGAUUAUUUCUGCUUUACCAGAAGGAUAUAAUUGAGCUCUCAUGUUAGAUUCGAACAGCA